AUGCAAACGACCAAGUACAGAGGCGUUGAUCCUGCAGAUCCUUUGGAAACUGGAAGUGACUCUGGGACCAUUCUCACAAAGGGGAUAGGGGAAAUUCUAUUUCAGGGUGUCCUGGGCGGCCUGGGUUUUGACAUUUGGGAAAAAGAAACCCCGCGGGGAACUCACCACCCGGAUUCGCGAAGCCUCAGAUGUCAGGUAACCCCGGGGAAGUACUCGACCCUGAACCCGGGAAACCCCCUACGGCCGCACCGAUCGCCUCCUGUCAGGGGGCUCCUGGGACGCCUCAGCCUCACCCUCACGGAGCCCCUCGAGUUCGAGCACAUCUCCAUCGAGCAGACCUUCGGGAGCCACACAGUGGAGACCCGCGCUGAGGUCGGCCUCCUCACACGCAACAUCAAGAUUAGAGGCAGCGUGAACGCGGACUUCACCGAAGAGAUUGAGGCUUGCGAUGAGGACUGGCAUCCAGGUCAGUUUAAGGUCCAAUCCUGCUUUAAUGGAAGGUUUGGUGAAGAGAUUGGAGGCGCCCAGUUCGGUGCAACUGUCAUGCUGUUCGGCAAAGAAGCAAACAAAGGCCUUGUGCAGGGCCGUGUCGAGUACGUCGAGGUCACGGAGGCUGGACAGGCCCUCCAGCUGGGUCGCUAUCCCCUUCACUUCCACUUGGUCGGCAACGUCAGCACCUCUUACAUCCGUGGUUGCGCCGUACAUCGUACCUACAACCGUGCAGUGACCAUCCAUGCUGCCGAUUACCUCACUGUGGAGAAGAACGUCGUCUACAAUAACAUGGGCCAUGCUAUAUUCACUGAAGAUGGUGUGGAACAGUUUAAUGUGAUCCAGUACAAUCUUGCUGUUUACACAAGAAGUUCGUUGUCGUUGCUGAAUGUUGAUGUAACUCCAUCCUCCUAUUGGAUCGUGCACCCCAACAACAUCGUCCGGCACAACGCAGCCGCGGGAGGCACUCACUUCGGAUACUGGUACCGGCUGGAGCGCCACCCGUCAGGUCCCUCUGCAACCAAUUCCAUCUGCCAGAACAAUGCACCCAUUGGAGAGUUCAGCUAUAACACAGUGCAUUCCAUGGGCUGGUAUGGUUUGUGGGUAUUCUCCAUGGAUGGCUACUUCCCAAAAGACAAUGGAUGCCGGGGGAGAAAUGUGCUUGCCAGAUGGGAUGGGCUGACCACAUGGAGAAAUGAGCGCGGGGCGGAGAUCGUGUUUGGUGGACAACUGCAGUUCCACAACUUCGUGGCUUUGGAUAAUGAAUUUUCUGGGAUCGAAAUGGUGCAGAUGGAGGGCGGAUUUGGAAUGGACAACGGGCCUGGAGUCUUUAACUCGGUGAUCAUCGGCCACUCGGCGCUCACUCCCGAAGGCUGUGGAGAUGAAACUAGCGGAAUCAUAACCCGAAGAAGGCUGUCUUCACAUCGCCGACACCGAGUUCUACAAAUUCGAUACCAACAAGUGCACGGCGCUGUCAGGGGGCUCUCAGUGCAAAGUCUUCCCAGGGCGUUAUCAAGCGCAGGUCAAAGGCCUCACCUUCUGAAUUUCAAGUGGGAACACCAAAGGGUUUGGGGAUCGAUGCAGAUGGUCGCUGUUGGGGCUGCUGAAACAAGUUUACAGACUCCGUGUGGAGAGAAAAGCUGGAUACCCCCCAAACCCGGCUACAGGUUUACGGGGAAUACUCUGGGCCCAAAUCCUCAAGCAAAUGUUUACGGGGAUCUGUGCGAAUACACGGGCUGUUUUGCUCCCACGCCUCCGCCAGUGCCCACUGGUCGACCGGAUGUUACUUUCCUGUGUUCCGACGUUGAGCCCGGGAAGGAAUUCCUGUGGGAGGAGGACAUCCGCGGGGGAAAAAUUUGGCCUCCCGGGGAAAGGGACGGAAUUAUCAUUCCACCGGGGUGGUGUCCCCCUAAGGAGGUUUUUCUUCAGAAGCCCCCCUUCACCCCCCCAAAAUAUCGUAGCUACCUUAAUUUACAAGUGUAA